AUGAGAGGAGUCAGCUUUCUUCUGCUCUGUGCCUGGGCUGUGGCUGGAGAGUAUGCCGGUAGCCAUCAACUCCAUUAUUCCUUCACGGGGGUCUCCAAUCCAGUGCCUGGACUGCCUGUGUUUUCUAUUGUCCAGUACUUGGAUGACCAGAUGACAACCAUAUACAGCAGCAACACCGGUGCAACUCGACCUGGGGUUCCAUGGAUGGACAAUGGAGAUCUGGAAAACUGGGCACAUACUUUGUAUGAAGACAAAGACUGGUGGAAGAUGGUGUUCAAACACAAUAUCAAGACAGCCAUGAGUCGAUUUAACCAGACUGGAGGUUUCCAUAUUUUCCAGCUGAUGUACGGAUGCGAGCUGAGGCAUGAUAACAGUUCCAGGCUGUAUUAUCGAUAUGGCUACGAUGGCAGAGAUUUUCUCACACUGGAUACUGAGAGAUGGGUGUUUGAGCCCAGCGUAUACGAAGCUCAAAUUAGCACACAGCGAUGGAACUCCGCAGAGGAUGGGGCAGGUCAGAGAUGGAAAUAUAUUCUGGAAAUGAGGUGUGUGGAAUUACUGAAGAAAUACUUUGGUUACGGAAGAAGAGCGCUGGAGAGGAGAGUUUCUCCACAGGUAAAGAUUUCGUCUCAGGAAUUAGGCGAUGUCACAAACCUUCACUGUCGGGUCUACGGGUUCUACCCGCAGGAGGUGGAUGUGAAAUGGGUGAAGAAUGGGAAAGAUGUGGUCCACCUAGUUGAGUCUACGCCUAUCCUGCCGAAUAAUGAUGGCACGUACCAGUUCAUAGUCUCCAUAAAAGUGACACCAAAAGAUGGCAGUACCUACUCCUGUCACAUCGAUCAUUGUAGUCUUGUAGAGGAACUUAUUGUACCAUGGGGUGAGCAUGAACCAUACAAAUAA